AUGAACGCCUCCUCCUGCUGUGAUCCUCCUGUCACCACGAAUCAGCUCAGCUCCACAUCUGACCUCAAUUAUAGCUGUGACUGGCCGGCUCCUCGCUGUAACUGGACAUCAGUGGACCCAGAGCUGCAGCUGCCAACCUUCUCUACAGCGGCCAAAGUCAGGGUCAUCAUCACCUUCAUCCUCUGUGGCAUCUCCACCUUCUGUAACCUCACCGUGCUGUGGGCGGUCAGCGGCCACAAGCGCAAAUCCCACGUCCGAGUGUUGAUAAUCAACCUUACCGCAGCUGACCUGCUGGUCACCUUCAUCGUGAUGCCAGUGGAUGCAGUGUGGAACAUCACAGUUCAGUGGCUGGCCGGCGACCUGGCCUGUCGCUUCCUGAUGUUCCUCAAGCUCCAGGCCAUGUACUCCUGCGCCUUUGUCACAGUGGUGAUCAGUCUGGACAGACAGUCGGCUAUUCUCAACCCCUUGGCCAUCAGCAUGGCCCGCAAGAGGAACAGAGUUAUGCUGUUGGUGGCGUGGACCAUGAGCGCCUUGUUCUCAAUCCCACAGAUAUUCAUUUUCCAUAACGUGACCAUCACCUAUCCAGCGAACUUUACUCAGUGCACCACUAGAGGGAGCUUCGUCACGCACUGGCAGGAAACAGCUUACAACAUGUUCACCUUCUCCUGCCUCUUCCUGCUGCCGCUGGUGAUAAUGAUCACGUGCUACACUAGGAUCUUCUUCCAGAUCUCCAGACGGCUGACGAAGAAGAGCUCAUCACCAAAUGAGCCACACCUUCGUUGCUCAAAGAACAACAUCCCCAGAGCCAGAAUGAGGACUCUAAAAAUGAGCAUCGUCAUCGUCAUCUGCUUCAUAGUCUGCUGGACUCCGUACUACCUGCUGGGUUUAUGGUACUGGUUCUUUCCAGACGACCUGGAGGGGAAAGUCUCCCACUCCCUCACCCAUAUCCUGUUCAUCUUUGGACUUUUCAACGCCUGCUUGGACCCCAUCAUCUAUGGACUGUUCACCAUUCGUUUCCACAAGAGGCUGAGAAGCUGCUACAGUAACACUGCAGUGAUGCCAGACCUACAAACUGAUGCUGUGAUAAUGAAGGAUCUGAAAUGUUCCUCCACUGUUUUGUCAACAAAGAGUAGUGAAAAAGACAACAACUGUGCUCAGGAUGGGACAAAUUCUGUAGACAACAAGGCUGUGAAUGUGUUGAAUGAGGGAGGAGAGGGAAAAAUGGGACUUUUAGGCACUAAGAGCACAAUAUGA